AUAAUCUUGGCUCUCAAACCCACAUCAUUUUUCAUCUUAAACCGAGAGAGAGAAAGAGAGAGAGAGAGAGAGAGAGAGAGAGAGAGAGAGAGAGAGGGAGGGAGGGAGGGAGAGAGAGUAGGGGGAGAGAAGGAGGGAGAGAGAGAGGAGAGAGAGAGAGAGAGAGAGAGAGAGAGAGAGAGAGAUGGCACUGGAAGAGGCUAUAGCAUUCCAAGACCUGUAUAGUUACAAAAAUAGUAUAGACAUUUACGAUAUAUUCGAAGGAAGUUACAAUUGGAGCUCACAGUGUGAUCUAGUCCAAACAGAAGAACAACUCGGUAGUCUCAAUAUACUUGAGAGUGGAGCUGAAAACUUUGUCAACAACACUUCUGAUCUCUCUCAUUUAGUAGAAUCACAUGUGGAGCAAAGAGGGUGCAAUUCCUCCGUGGAGUUCGAAACCACAGAAAUAAAAUCAGCUCCACAGGAAUUUCCCCCGUCUGAAACCUCCACAACAAUCUCUUGUAGACCUAAGAAAAGAAGGUCAAGAAACAAGAGGAACUUGGAGGACAUUGAGAACCAAAGAAUGACUCACAUUGCCGUCGAGCGCAACCGUCGUAAACAGAUGAAUGAGUAUCUCUCCUUGCUCCGGUCACUCAUGCCUGAGUCUUACGUCCAAAGGGCUGAUCAAGCAUCGAUAGUUGGCGGCGCCAUCAAUUACGUUAAGGAACUUGAGCACCAACUACAAUGCCUCAGUGUACAAAAUCAGCACAAUCAAAACUUUGAUGCUAAAGAUACUUCAUCUCCGUUUGCUGAAUUCUUUGCUUUUCCCCAAUACUCGACAAGUGCAAGCGACAGAGAGAAGUCCAUGAUCACCGACGAUAAUCCAUGGGCCAAAGAAGGCCAUUCAUUAUCUGCCAUGGCUGAUAUAGAAGUGGCCAUGGUGGAGAACCAUGCAAAUAUGAAAAUUCGAUCCAAAUCGCGGCCUAGACAGCUUGUGAAAUUGGUGCAUGAGUUGCAAAUCCUUAGACUAACUAUUCUCCAUCUCAGCGUCACAAGUCUUGAUCAAAUUGUCCUCUAUUCACUCAGUGUCAAGGUGGAAGAUGAUUGCAAACUGAAUUCUGGAGAAGAAAUAGCAACAGCUGUGAAUCAGAUCCUUGCAAAAAUCCAAAUAGAAGGAGGUUGUUUUUCACCUAAUUUUCUUCAUCAGUAAUUUCUUUUUGUUUUAACUUGAUUAAUUUCCACUCUCAGAUUUGCUGAAACCAACCUGUGGUCACUUAAAAGUAGUGUACCAUGUGUAAUAAUGUCUUAGUGCAAGACCAAUCUUCAAAACAUUACUUUGCAUAUAUUUAAAAUAUAUUAAAAUUUGAAUGUGUUCCCUC